UUUCAAAAUAAUACAUGGGUCAUGGAUUUUUAAUAAAGUGGCUAAACUAUAGAGACGUGUUUAUGGCUGAUACACAAACCGUGCAGGCCAAGAAAUGGAAAAAAAAAACCUGACAAUUAAAGAUACGUCAACUAAAUUACUAAAUGUUCUUGCCGCUUUGUUUACAAAAUUAUAAAAUUUUCUAUAACACUGCACAAAAUUAAUUUUAUAAAACAUCAUAUUGUAUUUAAACCUAGCAGACUUGUACUAUGUAGAGCAUUUCACAAGUAAAAUUUAAAAUGUUACCUACAAAUCAUAAAACAAUAUUUGUGCUAGAUCAUACUCCAUAUUUUGGGAUUUCAUCUGAUUUCCCUAUAGACUUCGAUGUUUCUAAAAGCCGGGGCGCUGGAUAUGUACCCUUACCGCCAAUUUGCAAAUCUUUGUGGACUUGCAGCGUUGAAGCUUCCGUGGAAUACUGUCGAAUCGUGUGGGAUUUAUUUCCCGAAGGAAAAUUGGUGAGAUUCAUUGUAAGCGAUGCAGCCGCUCACAUCCUUAAUACUUGGGCACUAGCUCAGCAAAAUUUAACUCAUAUUUUAAAUGGUCUAUGCUUAGUGGGACCAGUGAGAAGAGGUGCUGGUGGCGAUGUGGUGGGAUUAUGUGCAGCUAUUGAGUCACUGGCCGAGGCCUCACCUAUACAAUCCUCACGACCAUCCACUGAAAGACUCUUUCAGAAUCGUGGUCGCAUAAUAUGCAUAACAAGUGCAAGGGAUGAUGAUUCUAUAAGAAGUUUAGCAGAAAUUGCCAUGAAUACCCUUGUACAACAAAAUAAGAAGGCAUCGGCUGCUCAACCACCUACCACUACUGAUGCAUCUACAAGCACACAGUCUUUGGUAGUACAUUAUUGCCACUUAGUUAUAAUUAAUGUUACGCCUGAAAAAGCUGAGACAAGAGUCAAUAAUCAGCCGCUUACAGAGAUGGGUGGCGGUAUAAUGGGCGUUGAAGUAAUUGUGUGUAGAGCGAGCACGUUGGCCAAUUUAUUAGGAAAACUGGUACUUCCACACUAUAGACUCGCAAUAACCACGGUCACUGGUAUUCCUAUGAAAGAAGAGCAAAAUGCUAGUUCUAGUGCAAAUUACGAUGUGGAGAUAGUACAUUCAGCGGAGGCCCAUGCAGGGCUUCGGGCUUCACAAACAGCUGCCGAAGCGACUGAGUCGGUGGUGCUACGUUGGUGGACGCCUCGGGGUGCGGAAGGGGGGGCCGGGGGCUGCAAUGGGCCUUUAUGGAGGGUGACUCCAGCAGACGUCGCCUCGCGUCCUUCCGCCUGUCUCGUUAACUUCUUGCUUAAUGGCCGAUCGGUCACUUUGGAGGUGCCCACAAGAAAAGCAGGCUGCAGAUCAGCAUCCCAUGUAUUAGCAGCGCAGGGUGGGGAACUAUGGAUUGGGGCAUUGGGUGGAAGGACUCCAUAUGAAGAUCCACCCGCUUUGUCAGAGGGGGCUGGUGGGAGAGUCACGGAUUAUAGAAUAAAGGAAUUCGGAGCCCUAAUGCAACAGAACAAAAUUCACCCGUUAAGAGGGAACGGUUCGAAUACGCGUGCACGUACGAAGCUCCAACGGCACACGACGUAUUGGCCGCUCACUAUUUCUUCCACGCUUAUAUUUAACUUGGGAUCUGUAAUGGAACCCCUAACACGACUAGUCGUUCAAGAAUCGUUAACGGAUGACGAAGUGGAAUCGUGUCGUGGGGUCCUUCUCUCAUUAUUGGGAAUGGAGACUAGGCAUGAGUUCCCGUCCGCGCAAUUACCAACUAAUUUAAGAGGUAAAUCAAGCGGGCGUCGCGAGGAACAAUGGCGACAAGUAUGGGGCGAACUAGAGGCACUAGUACGGGCACAUUCCAACUCUAGCCCACAUCGAGCUCUUUUGCGGACCUUACUUGAGUGUAAAUCGCACAACCAUAGUAAUGAAGGUGAUUCGUCGAGAGCGACGGUAAUACGCGCUACCACAGAUUCGCCAUUAUCUCCCGUCGGGGCUGGUAAUGGUAAUGGCGACGUCUGGGCACCAAGAAAUGCUCUGGACGCUCUUCUGGGUGCACCCAGACCGCCACGGAGACCAGACUUCGCUGGUCGUCUUACCGCUGGAAACAGAAUAGCGACACUCUACCCACAAAUGCAGCAGGAUGUUGAAACUCAGAAUUAGAAAGCAUAUUAUAACUAUUUUUGCACAGAUCCCUUCAUAUACCUCUUUUUGACUAGGGUUGCCUGGAAGGGAUCACUGGUUAGCGUUGGGGCCGCAGAUUAUCUUCUUAUGCAUAUAAAUUACCGGAUUUUUGAAUUUUUAAAACAACAAAUGGUUAAUAAAUAAAAAAGUAACCUGUCAUAAUGUUCACGAAGUGGGUAGUCCUAAAAAUGCACAAAAGGAGCAACACGGAGUCGUGUUAUCGCUAUAGUGCGCAACGCAUGGGGAGUGCCUUAUAGUAUAUUUAAGAUGUAUUUUAUUAAAUAUAAGAUAAAAUUUGA